AUGGGCACACCUGUUGAGUUGCAAUCGUGGAUCAUAUACAAGGCCGAUCCAAUGUGGAAGAUGGCGACUUCUCGAGAUGACUCAAACAUCCUAACCAUGGAGAUGAGCGGAAUCUACCUCCUUUCGGAGUUGUUCGAAUGCUUAGGAGUCACCUUUUCGCCUUCGGUUCAGGACAAACUCACGCAAACGGGGGCUCAUCUGCGCUCUUUAUUGGGUGACUGUGAAGUUAUACACGCUCGUCCCUCAGACAACGAAUUUAGAGCUAAAGAGGUCAGAAUUACCACGUACACCAGGGCGCCAGCACAUAUGAUACCUGAAGGGAUUCGACAUAAGACAGGUGGUAAAUUCAUGUUAAUGGACGAUAUGGAAAUCAUCUAUCACACAUACAAGUCCUAG